CCAUAAUUAAGACUUUCACCAAGUCAUCAUUUUAGAAAAAGUCUUUUUAGCAUCUUUAAUAUAUAUAUUUUUAUCUGCAGCUCACUUAUUUUACUGCCAGGCUGUGGACUCUUCAGAGAUUCUGCUUUCCAGUUUUCCAUCAACAUCAUUCCCUGAUAUAGACUCUGACAGAUUUAUUUAUCUUUUUACCUUUUUUUAAUCCAAAUUUGAAAGAAAAAAAAAUGCAGAAUUUCUCUAACAGUCCAGCUCCACCCCCCAUCCCUACUGGUUUCAGCGGGAGGAGUGUGGGCGGACCUCUGUAUCCCCCUCAGCCAGCAGAGCCCCAGAUCUCUCCCAGGAUGACAGAUGAUUACAUUGGACUGCAGCAGCAAAGCCUGCACAGAGGCCUUCACCACCCAAGUCAAGCCAGCCACAUGCUCGUGUACGGUUCAAGAAACCGAGGAGCUUUGGAGCCGCCAGCGCAGGGUAGCAUUCACAGUGGCAACAAUAACAACCCCUACAGAAAGGAUGCUAUGGAUUAUUAUUUUUCCAUGAGUGGAAAAGACAGACACAGAAGAGGGGGUAUGACUUUUGGGGGAGGCUUUGGAUACCCUAAUAUUGAUGGACAUAUACCUCAUCAGUACCGGCAUCCUGGACCUAGUUCUGUCCCGUCAUCUGGUCUGAUGUCUCCAUAUCCAGUGGACUACGGUUCUGGUGCUGGUUCAGGUGGAGGUGCUGGAGCUUUCUCUCCUUCUCAUCAGUACAAUAUCAAUCAGAACGCUGCAAUGCAGUCAGUGCCAGCCUCUCAGAUGCAACAGCGCCAGCAUGGGCAGACCUUUCCAGUUGUCCAUCCUGGACAGCAGCAUAGGAGCUAUUCACACUCUGGGCACAGGAUGACCCCACAGUACCCGCAUUUCUCCCCAUCGGGAGGAGCAUCCACGGGGUCAUCAGGAAUGUACAGCCCUCCUCUUCAAAGAUAUCUCGAUGGAGCUGCGAACACUGGAUUUGAUCCAAAGGUCAACAGCUCUCCCAACGUCAACAUUGGUUCAAAUUCAGUCUCUACUUCAGUUGCUGCUAAUAACGUGGGGCCGGUGGAAAAUGUUCAGCAGAGUUACCAUGCUUCAAAUUAUCCUGGAUAUUCCCCACAGUCUCAUUCACUUCACAAGCAGGUCACACUACAGCAUCGUAACUCACAGCACAGCUUAGUCGUAGGUUACGACAGCUCCCUCAAGAUGCCCAAUCAGGGUCCGUCUCCUGGUUCGGUUUAUGCUAAACAUCAUCCAGCCCCCAAUCCCAGUAUAACCCAAGCAGCAUCUCAAGAAAUAGCUAAAUCUCCGAUGCAUCCUAACGCACAACAGAUGAAUCAAAACUUUAGCCCGAUCUCCAACCCUUCCCCAGCUGCUUCUGCUGUGCAUUCUCCUACAUGUAGCUCCUCUCCCUCCCCUUUGAUGGGUGUCUCAGAGGCACAUGGAAACCCCUCAGGUCACGGUCCUUCACAUGCUCCUUCAUCAAACGCCCGUAGCAGCCACAGCCACGCUCGUUUGCUACAGACUGCGCCUCAGUUAAGUCCCACUCCCAACUCAAACAGCAGCAUCAGUAGUUGUGGUAGCAGCAGCAGUCUUAAAGCUCACAGCCUGAGUGCAGUCGGAGGGAGCGUUCUUCCUCCAAUGGGUCGCAACAAAAUGAGCCAUAGUACUGGAGUGAAAUCUCGAGAAGAAGCCCCCUCUGUUUAUUCAGCUUCUUCGUUUGACAAGAUCCAGGAUGCCGGCCUGAACAGUCUUAAUGCCUUGAGCUCACAAGUAGCCAAUUUACCAAACACAGUUCAGCACAUGCUCCUCACCGACACGGUGUUCUCACACAGAAAAAAAGAUGGGGGGCAACAGGCGGCGUCCAGCAUGCCCCAAUUACAACCGAGGAGUCGGAAUGCAAGCGCAGCCUCGAGCGCUAAAGAUGGCAGCGUCACAAGGACUGGUGAUGGUGCGAGCUCAGACGCUGGUCUUGAUGAAGACUCCUCAGUUAUGCCUGUUGUAGGCUCUCUGGGGACCAAAGAGGAGCAAGAGGAGCAGUUUUCUGAGGCAGAGCAUGCUAGAGUGAGGCAGAUGAGCGGUGCGAGCAGUGGGUCAGAAGCAACAGGCUAUAAUCAAACACAGACUGGACACGCACCAAAAACUGUUUCCUCCGACUCACAAUCAGUGGAAGCACGUGUCACAGAAUCAAAAACAAAAAAAAGUCACAUUCCUUCAUCAUCAUCAUCUCCAUCAACACCUCCUGUUUCCUCAUCCCCGUCGUCCACCUCCAGUAUUCCUCCUGCCAUGAUGCACAAUUGUGUUCCAGAUUCUGGUCUGAUACAUGGUGACCACAGAGGUGGGGAGAUCAAGACUGAAAGUGAAGCUGCAGCGGAGAAAACCCAGAAGCUCAGCAGGCAAACGCAGCAAGAUGGAGAAAUGAGAACAAAAAAUGGCCAGGACAAGGAGAACGUGUUGCACUCUGAAUACAAAUCACACAAUAAUAAGAGAGAGGAGAAACAUGCAUCAGAGGAACAGCAGAAUGCGAGUAGUGUUGGUGUGAUUGUUUCAGCUCGCUCUGAGGAAAGUCACGCAGAAAGAAGCAGACAUCCCCAAGACAACUGUGCAGAAGAAAAACAGUUAAACUUUUAUUUAAAAGAGUCGAGCAGCCAUAAUGGGGAGGAAGGUGUCGAUCUGAGUCUGAAUUCCUCCCAUCAUCAGAAAUCAAACUGUGGAAGGUCACAGAAUCCCCCACUGUCUGCUUCACAUAAAUACAGCUACCCAGAAUCAACAUAUGGCUCAGAUUUGUCCAUGAAGAACAGAGUGAGGGCUGGCUCAAUGGGCGUAAUGGAAACAAACCCCAGAUAUUUAUCGUACCAGCACUCACCAACUGGUUAUGGUCCGGCGCAUCCAAAAGAUGCUGGUUCGAGGGCCAAGGCUUUGGCAAAAAGAGGUCAGCAGGGAGCGGGCUCUAAAUCUCAGGAGGAGAAUUCACAGAUGCAGCAGUUCCCAAGCCUUUUGCAAGAAGUUCUUCAAGGUUACAAUUUAGACAGACGCUAUGUGAGACCAGAACAGGCAUUUUCUGCACAUCAUCAAGCUCAGCAGCAGUUUUCAGCCAGACAUACUUUUGACAUGGCUGAGAGUACGGAAAUGCACGGAGAGAGUUCAGCUUGUUCUGCUCAGUUGAGCAGCUCUGGAAAGCCCCUGGAUCACAAAAAUAGAAAUGAUCCAGAUUUUUCCAUGGAUGCCCAGUCUUUAGUUAAAUCUGAAAUGUCCAGUUCUAAAAUUCUUCAAAAUGCUAAUAGAACUGAUGUGGGUGUGUCCCAGAGACAUUUACUACAAGCUGCAGAGUCUCAGCAGCCCCCUGCGAAACACAUCAACCUAUCUGAUUACACCCUACCACAGAGAAAAACAACGUCUAAUGUGACGAGCGCUUCGUCUGCCGUGCAGGAGCUGCUACUGCAAGAGCCGGAGCCGUUAUCAGGCGCCACUGGCCAAAGCAAGUCUCAGAAAUUGUGCUCCGUGUUGGCCCCGUCGGAGCGGCGCUCUGUCAUCUGCGACGUGUCGCCAAACCGAAGCGGCACACCAGAGGGGGGCAGAGAGAUGGAGCGUGAGAAAAGUCAAAGUGGCACCUCUGUGAUUCAGCAGUCAUUUUCCUCUACAGCAGCACCCAGCGAUCUGAGUAAAAGAGAUGCAGGAGGAAAGCAUGUGGUGAAAAUGGAAAUUGCAUCCAAAGAUGCCGGAGCGGGUCCAGUAAAUCUACAAACUGAGCGUGAUCAUGGCAUGAGGGGGGUGAGUGAAGCAGACGCAGAGUUUUUCUCAAAGCCUUCCCACGACCCCUACAGGCGAGGCAGCGUGGAUAUCAUCCCCAUGGCCUCUCAUCCUUUAUCUUCACCACCGAGGCAUCAUUCAUAUCUUCACGGUGUUGAUCUGUCCGCUGGAAGUGGCACUUCAUUUCCUGGAUAUCGAUACGGAGAAACAAGAGAGGGAAGCAUGAUGUCUCGCGGUUUUCCCUCUCAUCACCCAUACCACCAUUUACCCCAUCAGGCUCAAAGCACAAAUAAGCUUCAACUGUAUCCUCGUGGCCCCCCGCAUCCUCCCCAUGACAUGAGUGACUGGGUGAAAGCGAUGAGCAGGCCUUCCAAGGAGAUGAUGAUGAUGCAGCACAGCUCUUCUCCUGGAAGACACAAAGGCAGCCAGCCAGAGCAGAAGCAGAGAGGUGUCUCCCAAAGUGACGUGCCAAGUGAGCAGCACACAAGCAAAACUCAGUCACUUCAUCAUCAAAGUGCUUACUAUGAUAUGAAGAUGUGGGACUCGACACACCAAGGAAGAGAGGGGGCUCGACUGAUGGAGGGAGACACCCGCCAUAGAACGCAGCCUUCUCCUCUUCCUUCUCCAGCUCCUGUGGUUUCACACGCUCCUUCAAAUGUGGUUCAUGGUCCAAAUGAACCCGAAGUCUCCAGAGGAGUCACAGAAGAGGUCAAACAUCCCUGCCCGCCUCCUGCCUCCAGCUCCUCUAAACCUCCCGCUGACAUCAACUCUUCUCAGCCACAGCGGCCAACAAAAUCUGGAGCUUCAGGAGACACGAAUCCUCUGAUGUUAAGAAGAAGGGUUCGCUCGUUCAUUUCUCCCAUCCCUGCCAAACGACUACACCAAGAUCCAUCCCAGCAGAGAGCUGCCACUAAUUCUCAUCACUCCCCCGGGGCUCACUCUGAGUCCAGCCAUCAUCUCAAUGAAGACGACUCGUCCAGUUCAGAUAUGCCAUGUCCCAGACUUUCAUCCCCUCUGCCAGGAGAGAGCACUUUUCUACAACCUCUGUCUCCACCAAGUGGUAACGCGAAGGUUCUGUCUGCUCGAAAAGGACGAGGUUUGAAGCUAGAGGCCAUAGUGCAAAAGAUCACCCCCAAUAUUAAAAAGCCAACGGACAACCUCGAUGACGAGUCCAAUCAUUUUUCUGCCUUCUCACACACAGAAAUCCCAAGAUUCAACGACUCACAGGAACAAGACUUAGCACAUUUCCCCAGAGUUGCAGCGGGGGAGGAUAUUUACAUGGAUGACAGUCACUCAUUAAACGACAUGAUCCCCUUCAGAGGAGUAGAUGAAACCGGGCCUUUACCCCCACCUGUUUAUCCUUGUGAUUCCAAUCAGACGUCUCAAAUCAAACAACAAGAUUUUGAUUUUGGUUUAGGGGCUGGUGUGUCAUCAGCAUCCGGUGACAAGGAAGACUUCACUUUGCUCGGGCCCUUGCCCCCUCCUCCACCUCUUCCCCGCCCCGUCCAGGCUUCCCCACCUCCUUCUUCGUCAGCCCUAUCAGACAUUCAGCACUUCACCAACACUUACCAACAGCUCGAGACUCGAAAGGGAGAGCAGUCUGCUGCUAACCUCCUCCGACAAAAACUUCAAGAAACUGGCAUGGGAUUUGACGAUUACCCCGGUAGUGACUACUACGGGACCACCCCGCCCCAUCAGGGACACUUGCUGAACAGGCAACAUCACAUGUCCUCUGGAAGGUCCAGUCUGUCGCCCCAAGAUUCAAAGCCACUAGACAAUGUUGUGCCGAAAGGUUAUUUCCCAUCUGGCAAGAAAAAGGGCAGACCUGUAGGGAGUGUGAACAAACAAAAGCGGGCUCAGAACCAAGUUCAACCACAGGCCCAGGCUCAAGUCCAGACUCCAAACUUGUCUCUUAGUACUCCUUCAGCCCCGCCCACGCCAACCCCAACAGCUGCUUCAUCCCCACCAAUAGCAGAGACUAACAGCACCACGCUAGACCCAACAGAGCCCAUGCCAACUGAAAAUACAAGCACUUUGCCGCUAACCCCACCCAUUUUAACCCAGGUGUUAAAAGCAGAUGUUGAGAGUGAGGACACACCGCCAGAGAUCGAGAUGAAGCCACCUCGACGCCGACGCAGAGGAGCAAAAGAUGAAGAUGAGCCACAUGAAGCGCAGGGGCGCCAGAGGAGAAGGAGGAGAGGGGCAGUGCCGGUGGCGCCGUCAAUAGCCAAAGGUGACCCAGAUACACCUCUAGAGGCUGGAGGGGGCGUCACAACAAACAGAGCUUUCCUGGAUCCAAACAGAAAAGGCCUUUUCAUCCCUCACAUACACGUGGAGAAAAAAAUCCCUGAGAUUGGGGCAGUGUGUACUAUUGUGAACGCUGAGGAGGAGAAGAAAGGGGAGCGCACUGCAGUCGGAGGAAAAGCAGUUGGAACAGAUUCGCUCCUCUCUGCUUUUUCCUCCCAGUUAUCGAGGAAAGACAAAGAAGCAGAAAAGAGGGAGACGGAUGAAGUGGAAACUACGCUCCAGUCAGGAAAGGCGCUUCCUUCAUCUGGUCAUGUUGUUUCAGGUCCUGUGGUUACAGAAACCAGUCACUCUGGCCGUCUGCUGUGCUGCCUGUGUCAGAAGUGGGCCAACUACAAACACCUUGGAGAUCUUUACGGGCCUUUCUAUCCUGCUGAAUAUGCUGCGAAGCUCCCCAAGAACCAGCCUCAGAUCAGACAGGGUCAGACCAGCACAGGCACAAACAAAACCGGACCAACUUCUGAGACGAGUUCAAACCCUUUGAGUAUUACCCAAGACACACAAAGCCAACAGUUCCUCAAGGCCUCAGCAGAAAGUGACUGUGCCAUCAACACCGAUCCAAACCCAACACCUGUCACCGCUACAGUCAGACCUGUCUUCUCAGCUGGGAAGAAGGAGCCGCUCAGCAGCAGCAUCUCAUCAUCUUCCUCCUCCACAGACAUUAAACCGCCUCUGAGCUGGGACUUGGACCAAGCCCUCCAUUCUAUCCCUGAGCUUAAACGAGAGGCGGACCUUGAAAGCGACUGCCAGCAGGCGCCGAAACAGCCGGCGGACGACGCUCUGCAGCGACCUCAGCACAGGAAGUUGACUUCACAUCCCCGCUUUAAAAGGAGGCACAAGUCUAGUGAGGAUUCUCCCAGAAUGGUGCCGUCCAACAGUAAGGCGUCCCUGCCUUUUCAGCCCCCUCCUCCUGCCUUGGAUUCCCUGGGACCCUUGGCACAACUUGCACAGCUGCCUCAGAUGCCCAUGGACCCAGAAGAGCUAUGGGUGCAUGAAGGAUGCAUAGUGUGGACCAGUGGAGUGUACCUCGUCAAUGGAAAACUGUAUGGCCUGCAGGAGGCACUAGAUGGUGCCAGAGAAACAAGCUGCUCAUACUGUGAGAUGAUUGGUUCGACCCUGGGCUGCUACAGUAAAGGCUGCACACUUCGCUACCACUACCUAUGUUCUAUUGAAGCAGAUUGUUCUCUGAACGAAGAUAAUUUCUCACUGAGGUGUCCCAAGCACAAGGUGAAGAAGGAAAGUUUACCCAGAGCGUUCGGCCAGCAAAGCCAGUGUUUGUGGAGCAGUCAGAGAGAAGCUGAGAGAAACUGUGAGGAAGAGGAGACACCAGAGUCUGGGAGCUGUUAACUUCGACUUCAGAAGAUUGAGGGGAACUGUGAAAAAACUGGACCAGUGUUUGUCGAGAACAACUAAAGGGAAUGUACAAUUUCUCAAAUGGAAUCAGCAUUAUUCAAGACGAUGUAGAAAAAAAAACUUGUUUUGUUUUUUUUAAAGUGAGAACGGUUUCUCUUUACUUGAGCUGAAAAACAACAACAUGGAUGAACGACACACAGCUGCAAGGAAAAAGAACUGCAACGAUCAAAGUGGGAUGAAAUGAGACAAGAGGAGCUCGAGCAGCUUCUCUGUAAAGAACAAAAAGAAACAAACUUCCUCUCUAGGCUUAAAGUACUUAACUCUUGGUUAUCAUCUUUUUUUUAUUUGUUUGUUUGCUUUAGGGUUUAUCGGGAGCAAAUUCAGUGUCACACCCAGAACUACAAAGAAGACAUCUGGGCAUCAUUUUACUUGUAGCAUUUUAUUUUUUGUGAUAUUAGGAAUUUCAGUUAUUAUUUUAGUUAUCAUUAUUAUAUUAUUACUGUAUGCUCAUCAGCAUUUACUCAUGAAAAUGAAAUAAUGUAUUUCACUUCGUACUGUCAACGCAUGAGUUAGUUUAUCAUUAUUUUUUAUGGUUUAUAAAUAUAUAUUUUUUUUAUUCCUGGGGAGAGAAGAAGCCGAAGAGACGGAUGUUUGGAAUGUCAGGGUUGCAUUUGCCACAAAGACAUUAUUGCCUUGGAGAAUGGACAUCUGUUGCCUUUAAAAAAAAAAAAAAAAGCAAAACAACAACAAAAAAAACGUUGCGUAUGAGUGACAAAUGAGUGCGUGAGUGUGGAAAUAUCUGGGUCUUUGAUUCCAUUUUGGUCCUUCUGAAAAGUGUUCUUAUUUUUCCAUCACUUGGAGUUUUUUGGUACAGAUAGUAUUCAUGACAAACCAGAUGGACGUUCUUAUUUUUCAAGUACAAAACGUUCAUAAAGUGCAAAGAUGGAGACUUGCAGGAAGCGCAGAGAACACUAUGGACUAAUGUGUCAGAACAAUUCAAACAUGGACUCCCGAGGAGCUGAAGCUUUGAUCUGUUGGAAAAGUUACGUCUGAAAACCGUGUGGGAGUUUGUCAGACGGCGACGGAGCUUUUGUGGCACUGAACUGUGGAGACGUCUUAUGAAAACUGUCCGGUUAAUGUGGAGCGAGCCAAGUACUUUAAGGGUGACACGGCGGCGAAAGAAUCGGAAUACGCAAAACUGUUGCCAUCAAAUUUUAAAGUGAGUCAUACAUGGUGUCGUCUUUAUCAUUUUUUAUUGUUAUUCUUGUAAAAAAAAAAAAAAA